CGUCAAGUGGUCGCCUGAAAGUUCCCCUCCCCCACCCCAGUUUCUACCCUCUGAUAACCAAAUAACCAGAUAAGUUCGAACAGGGCCCGAAAUGUGAGGAAGGAACGGACUUAGGGGAGGAAACCCUCACGGAAGAGAAAUGGAACAGCUGGAGGACUAAUUUACAUCAGGCACUUGGAAAGAUGCCCGCCAGUGGCUGGGGGCUGGAGGGCGGGGGGAGGAGAAGAGAAAGGCCCUCGUCUCGUCGAACGGGAAGGGAGGGACGCGGUGUACCUAACACCGAGGUGGAGGGCAAAGGGCAAAGUUCAGGGCGAAUCCGCAGGUCUGACUUGUGCUCACUAUGGCGGCCUGCGCGACGGGGCUACAACCAGACUCGGCGGUGGUGGUGGUGGGCUCCUGCAUGACCGACUUGGUCAGCCUUACAUCACAUCUGCCCAGAAUUGGAGAAACCGUCCAUGGACAUAAGUUUUUUAUUGGCUUUGGAGGAAAAGGUGCUAACCAGUGUGUGCAAGCAGCCCGGCUUGGAGCCAAGACUUCCAUAGUAUGCAAGGUUGGCAAAGAUUCUUUUGGCAGUGAUUAUAUAGAAAACUUAAAACAGAAUGAUAUUUCUACAGAAUUUAUGUAUCAGACCAAAGAUGCUUCUACAGGAGCUGCUUCAAUAAUUGUCAAUAAUGAAGGACAGAAUAUUAUCGUCAUCGUGGCCGGAGCAAACUUGCUGUUGAAUUCUGAUGACCUGAGGAAGGCAGCUGAUAUCAUUAGCAGAGCCAAAGUAAUUAUCUGCCAGCUAGAAAUAUCUCCAGCUACUUCUCUGGAAGCCCUGACAAUGGCCCGCAAGAGCGGAGUGAAGACUCUGUUUAAUCCUGCUCCUGCCACAGCUGACCUUGACGCACAGUUCUAUACCGUCUCUGAUAUAUUUUGCUGCAAUGAAAGUGAGGCUGAGAUUUUAACUGGGCUUACAAUUAGUAGCCCUGCAGCAGCUGGAAAAGCUGGAUUGGUGCUGACAGAAAGGGGUUGCAAGAUGGUAAUCAUUACCUUAGGUGCUGAAGGAUGUGUGUUUGUAUCAGCCAAAGAACCUGGCCCAAAGCAUGUUCCCACACAGAAGGUCAUCAAACCUGUGGAUACUACGGGGGCUGGAGAUAGUUUUGUGGGAGCACUGGCCUUCUACCUGGCUUAUUAUCCUAACCUGCCUAUGGAAGAAAUGAUCAAGAGAGCCAGCUUCAUUGCAUCAGUCAGCGUCCAAUCCUCAGGAACCCAGAUGUCUUUCCCUUACAGAAAGGACCUGCCACUUCAUCUGUUUUGAUUAAGCUUCCAAGGCUCAUGUGAUUGCAAUUAGUGUGUACAAGGCAGAGAAUUCAACUACUUUGUACACUAUAACAACAUGCUGUCCUUUACAUACAAAGGAUGUUCACCCACCAUCCACAGGGCACCUGCUUUCUGUUGUUUAUACAGUAAUGAUAACUGACUCCUCUUAUACACAUUUGCAAAGCAGCUGGCCAGGAUUAGGGGUGCACCCUAAGGCUAGGCUGUGAUUUUGCAGGGAUCUGCAAUUUCAUCACUAUUUGAAAAACAAUUCAAAGACACAUCCUAAUGAUAGUGGGUCAGUAGCAUCAAACAAAUCCUAUACUGCCUUGCACAUAGCCAGCACUCAGUAAAUGUUCAGUGAAUGAAUGGAAUGAAUGAACAAAUAAGUGAACAAUUGUGUGAGUUUCCUAAGUCUAAAAACAGUGGGUCCCCAUGCAUAUACAUUCCAUAGUGGCUUAGCAGGAGACAGUGAAUGAACAAGCUAUUUGUUUGGCCCACAGCUUACCUUGAAAUAGCCACCUCCUCUUCCGAAGCUUCAGCACUAUUUGAACCAGUGGGGGAGAUAAGAAUCUAGGAUGGGACUCCAGGAAAUGACCACUCCACAGGAAAUGACUCUAUUCUGAAGCUGAAGUGCAGAUUUUAAUUAUCCCACAGACUAGCCUGUAGCCAUGGAAGGACUAGUAUUUCUGUAACGGCAUUAACCUCCUAGGGGUUUACAACCACGGUGUCAUUUCUUCUCUCACCAUUACUAGUAGUGAGAUUCUGAGUCUGAGUUGGAAAUCAAAAUAGUUCUGAGAGAGGGAGCUGUUCCCUUUUGGUUCCCCACUGGAGAUUUCCUUAUAGCCAGCCAUUCAGGAAAAGUGAAAUUUGUAAGAAAUGAGUGGGAGAAUGGCAGGUGCUUCUUUGAAAAGGGCAGGAUUCCUCAACCAGGAGAUAAGAAGCUACAGAUAGAUAGGACCCCAAGCCUCAUCUGACACAUACUCAACAGGAAACAGGGUUCCAGAGUAUUAAGAGUUGACUUACUAAUUUGGUGAUUUACUAAUCUGCUUCAUUUUACAUAGGCAAAGAGAAUUGUCCAGAGUCACAGAGACGUAGGUGACAGUCAAUCUUGAAGCCACAGCUUCUGUCUUUUAAGCCCAGUGCUUUCAUUAUACUGUGAUGGCAUCUAGUUCUAGUGCCGCCAGCUAUCCAGCUGUGUGACCACAGGCAACUUUCCUAUUGUCUUCAUCUAGAUGAAGAAUUUGGACUAAAUAUGCAAGGUUUCUUUCAGUUGUAAAAUUCUACAAUGCUAAGUUACUUGCUGCAACCAUGUGAAGACUUCCUCCUCCGACGAUGUAAUUACAAAGCUUCUGCAAAAUAAAAAAUAGCUCUUCCUUACAAGGUUGAGAUUCUCGAAGGUACAAGUAUGAGUAACGCUACCUAUCUACACUAAAAAAUAAUAGACUUUAGGUGAUCUGGGCUUAAGAAGAUGGACUAUGCAAUU